AAGCGGUUUGGCUAGUUAGCUAGCCAGUAGCAGAGGCAGUCCGGUAUGGAGAAAGAUUACCUGUAGAGUGAGAUUGGAGCAUUGCUGAUUGUCAGGCUGAUUGUCAUGGAGAAGUCAUGGAGGUUUUGGGGGCCACUGAAGCGAUGCCUGCUGACCGUGGGUUCCUGGACUUGGGGUGUUUGUCGCAUCUCGCUGCUGGCUCUUAUCCUUACCUUCCACCUUUACGGAGGCUUUCUGCUUCUAUGUCUCAUCCUGGCAUCUGUGGCUGGCAUCUUGUACAAGUUUCAGGACGUGCUGCUUUACUUCCCUGACCAGCCUUCAUCGUCCCGCCUUUAUGUUCCCAUGCCUACUGGAAUUCCGCAUGAAAAUGUCUACAUACGCACUAAAGACGGCGUCCGGCUUAACCUGAUUUUGCUCCGCUAUACGGGUGAAAAUCCCGCCUUGGCUCCCACAAUCCUGUAUUUUCAUGGCAACGCGGGAAAUAUCGGUCACCGUGUGCCGAACGCGCUGCUUAUGCUUGUUAACCUGAAGGCUAACGUGGUUCUGGUAGACUACAGAGGUUAUGGGAAAAGCGACGGAGAGCCAAGCGAGGAGGGCCUCUAUCAGGACGCCGAGGCCACGCUGGACUACGUCAUGUCUCGACCGGACCUCGACAAGACUAAGAUCGUGCUGUUUGGCCGUUCGCUAGGGGGUGCGGUCGCCAUCAGACUGGCCUCGGUCAACCCUCACCGCGUAGCAGCCAUCAUGGUUGAGAACACAUUUUUGAGCAUCCCACACAUGGCUGCCACACUCUUUUCCUUUUUUCCCAUGCGUUACCUGCCCCUCUGGUGCUAUAAGAACAAAUUCCUGUCCUACAGGUACAUGGUGCUGUGCCGAAUGCCCUCGCUUUUCAUUUCGGGCCUGUCGGACCAGCUCAUCCCUCCCGUCAUGAUGAAACAGCUCUACGAGCUGUCGCCAUCGAGGACUAAACGCCUCGCCAUCUUCCCAGAGGGGACGCACAACGAUACCUGGCAGUGCCAGGGGUACUUUGCUGCUUUAGAGCAGUUCGUGAAGGAUCUGCUAAAGAGUCAUGAACAAGAGGAAGCAUCCCAGGGUUCGGCUAGUGUCACUAUCAUCUAGAAAUUGACCUGCUGUAGUAGAAUGUACAAUAUUUUUUUUCCUUUCAUCCUUUUCAACUCCAUUUUCAGCACUUGGUUCUCUCUAAGUAUACUAAUACGGAAUUAUGGGUGAAUUUUGAGUGAAAAUGGGCUGCAUUUUAAAUUCUUGUUCAAAUUAAGCUUCAUUGAAAUAGGACUGCAUGAAUUUAUUGUCUUUUCAGCUCUAUUUUUCCAUGAACUCAUCCUUCCCGACUGUACAGACUUUUUAUACACCGUCUUUACCAUCAGGAUUAUUCACAAAUGAGAUUUCGCACCAUACUCCAUCUGUAUAAUAAAGAUCUUUGCUUUAUAAUGUAAGGCAAAGUGUUUAGUAUU